AUGGCUCCCAAAUCUCAAUCACACUCCGCCGGCACAGAAAGUCCUUCACUUCCUACUGCUGCACCAUCAUCCAAAGAGGGCUCCGAGGCACCCACCCCGAGUAAGCAAUCCAGAAACGCCUCACCCUCAUCAUCUACCGGUGCGCCACCUAAGAGGGCAGACUCUGAGACAGCGCCUGCGAAAGCCGCAUCCACCUCCCAGCCCAUGACCAAAACCUCUUCCUCGUCAUCAGGGUCGAAUCCGGCCGAUGCCAAGGACGCAGCCACUGGACCAUCACCAUACGGCACGCGCUCCCGCAACAGGACUGGCCGGGCCCGCCCUAAUUACGCAGAAGACAAGGACAUCGACUCAGAUCUUUUUGAUGCAGCUCCCGAGCGGAAGGAUGAUGGUGACGCCAAAAGGUCAACACGACUAGCAAACAACUCCUCCAACCCAACCCAGGACGCCCCACAGCUAGGACCCUCAUCAGGCUCAUCGUCAUCACGGAAGCCUCUGCCAACCUCUGAUGACGGCAAGCACAGCGGCACCGCUGCGGCCGCCACCAGCACAACCUCCACCACCACCAACACCACUUCUACGGCCAACAAAGAAUCACAGCAGCAACAGCAGAACCACACUAGCGCAGCGUCAACACCUGCACCCGCUGUCAAUUCUGCUACUACUUCCCAACCAACCAAGAAGCGCAAAGCAGGCAACCAAGGCAAUUCGUCUGGUCUGAACCAGCAGACUGGAUCAGGGAACUCAUCAACAUCGUCAAAUGCCGCCCACAGAAAGUCGCUUGGUGGUGGUGGCGGCGGUAUGAGCGGUUAUGCCGAGACAAACAUGAUGAGUUUUGAGGAUUGCCAAGGCAGGCCCAAGAACAAGACACUCACAGCCGAUGACGGGACCAUCCUGGCUGUAAACGACCAUGUCUACCUGAUCUGUGAACCGCCUGGUGAGCCAUAUUACAUUGCGCGCAUCAUGGAAUUCCUGCACUCCAAGAACGAUGCAUCUCGGCCGGUAGAUUCUAUUCGAGUCAAUUGGUUCUAUCGACCCAAGGACAUCGGCCGCAAAGCACAGGACACGCGCAUGUUGUUUGCGACAAUGCAUUCGGACAUUUGCCCUCUGAACUCGCUUCGUGGCAAGUGCGAGGUGAGGCACAAGGCAGAGAUCCCCAAUGCGGAAGAGUACCGCAGGAACCCAGAUUGUUUCUGGUGGGACAAAAUGUACGACCGCUACAUCCAAAAGAACUACGAGGCCAUCCCCACCUCGCAAAUCAUCAACGUGCCAGAGCGGGUGAAGAAGGUGCUGGAUGAGCGCUGGAAAUACAUCCUGGUGGAACAGGGUCGUGGAAAGGAGCUUACCAGCGCUGUGAAGUCAUGCAAGCGAUGCAGCGGCUACUGUGCCAGUGCUGAUUCGGUCGACUGCGGGUUCUGUAAGAAUACCUACCACAUGCAAUGCGUGCGGCCGCCGUUGCAAAAGAAACCCGCUCGUGGUUUCGGCUGGGCUUGUGGUCCCUGCAACCUGGCCCAGGAGAGGAAGCUUGAGGCCCUCAAUGCGCCGCAUCUCCACGACUCUGGAAGCCACGCCGAGGAUGAAGAGCUGCUUGAGGAGGAGGAGGAGGAGGAUCCUGCACAGGCAAACACCAACCGCACUAGCCCCAGCGUGGAGCAUGAUCACCCACCCCCAACCGCCGAGCAGAUCUACCAGGCCAGCCUGUGGCCCUUCAGGUAUCUUGGCAUGCACUGCAAGAUCGAAGAUGCCCUGGACUACGACGACCGCAUCUACCCUCGUGCCAGUUCCAGGCUGGGUCCCCGGCAUCAGGCCACCGUCGGGAACUGGCCAGGUCGAGCCGUGCAGUUUGUGAAGCCCCUGGAGAUCAAGAAGACUGGCCGCAAAGAUGGACGUCACUCCAAAGAGAUCCAAGCCCUGCUCGAGAAAGACAAGCGCGAGCGCGAGCAACGUCCUAAAUGGGUCCAGGACGAGCCAUUCUCCGGCUUUGUCCCACGGGGACUAGACUUCCCCGAGGACGACCCGAGUUGCACAUCAACAUGUCUCUGGAAGCCUGCUGAGGACGCGGAUGGAGGGCCUGUCAAAGAUGCUGACAACGAUAUCAUAAUCUCCGAAGCUGGUGUUGACGACUACAUGAAUAAAGCCAGAUCUAUGUCUAAGGAACUUGGACUUCCCGACCGGUGUACGAACCUGGAAGACAUUGCGAGAGAUCUGCUGUACAAAAACAACUAUGACGCGGAGGAAUCGCUGCGACAACUUGUCAAAACUGACAAAUCUCUGUUCAAAGAACCCGACUUGACCGCUUCGGAACAGAAGAAAUUCGAGGAAGCUGUGGCGAAGUUCGGUUCUGAGCUCCAGAGUGUCAAGAGAUAUGUCAAGACAGUGCCUCACAAGUGGAUUGUUCGCCAUUACUACAAAUGGAAGAAAACGCCACAAGGAAAGAAGAUUUGGGGUAACCACCCACAGCGGAAGGGCAAGAAAGAGAUCAAGCGUGCACAAGCAGAGGCGAGCAAGGCUGCGGACGAGGUUGCGGACGACCACGAUGACUCGGCUUUCGACACCGUCAAGGCUAAAGACAAGAAAAAGAACUUCACUUGCAAGUUCUGCAACACGAAGUCAUCACGACAAUGGCGUCGCGCCCCUAACGUUUCCUCCGCCGUUGUCACCGAAAAUGGUGGCAAAAACAAAGAGAAAGGCACACAAUAUGUCGUGGCUCUCUGCCGAAGGUGUGCUGAGCUCUGGCGCCGUUAUGCCAUCCAGUGGGAGGAUCUCGACGAGGCGGCCAAAAAGGUCGCUGCGUCUGGUGGUCGAUCGUGGAAGCGAAAAAUUGACGAGGAGUUGUAUAAGGAGCUGCAAGCAGCUAAUGAGAGGAUGAGGAUGACCAAGUACAGCACGCCCGAACCUCCUCCAGUCGCCCCACAAAAUGCAGCUGCAGCCACCUCAACUCAACCGAUGGGACCCCAGGAGCCGCCUCGCAAGAAGCUGAAGUCCGAGCGAGACUCGGAGCCCGCGUUGUCGGAGGCGGGAGGUGUUGGUGGCGCGGUCGCGGCUAAAAAGAAGGAAAAGGAGAAGGAGAAGGAGAAACCAGCCGAGAAGCCCGCUCCCCCACCUCCACCGCCAAUGCCCAAGCCGAAGACGAUGCCAUGCAGUAUUUGUCGCCAAUUGGAGCCUCUAGGAGAUCAGCACCUGCAAUGCAGGGAAUGUCGGAUGACGGUGCACCGCAACUGCUACGGCGUAAUUGACAACAGGCAGAACGGGAGAUGGAUCUGCGACAUGUGCUCGAACGACAAGAACCCGCAAAUCUCACUGCACUACAAGUGUGUUUUGUGCCCGGUCGAGAGAACUGAGCAUGAUUUUGUUGAGCCUCCGAAGAUCUCUCACAAGAAGAAAUCUGAGAAAGAACGCGAGCGAGAACGGCUAGAGAAGGAGUCCGCUACCAACGCAGCCGACUUCUAUCGAAAGCGCCAAGAGGAGCUCGGCCGACCGGUGGACCCAAGGGAACCGCUGAAGAGGACAGCAGACAACAACUGGGUUCAUGUAACUUGCGCUGUCUUUCACCCCGAGAUCAAAUUCGGAAACGCGAAGGCGCUCGAGCCCAGCGAAGGCAUCCCCUCCAUCCCCCGGUCUCGUUAUCAAGAGAUCUGCAAAGCCUGCAAGCAGUUGGGUGGCGCUUGUGUGCCGUGUCAUAAUCCAACUUGUCGAACGACAUUCCACGUCGAGUGUGCCUACCAACAAGGCUACGCUGUCGGAUUCGAUAUCACCCCCGUGAAGGGUUCGCGUCGGGACCAGCACAAUAUUGUCAGCAUCGGCGGCGAGAGUGGAACCAUGGCAGCAGCAAUCUGGUGCAAGGAUCACGUGCCAAAGACUGCCAUUCAUCACAUCGAAGACGUGGUCGAUGAGUCCGGCUUGAAUGCGCUGCAGCUCUAUGUCCGAAACUUCAAACAGGCUGAUCUGACACUGACAGGCUGUGCUCGUAAGGCCAAUCUCAUCCCGGCAGCUGCAAAGCCUGUCACUGCUUCGACCACGACGCCGAUAAACCGGAGAGCUUCCACUACCACCCUCGUGCCUGUGACAUCGCCAGUCCAGGUCAAUGGAGCAGUCAAGGAGGAGGUACCGUAUAUCAUGCAGCCAGUGGGCAAGGUUUGCAUUACUUGCGGCACGGACGUCAGCCCCAGGUGGCAUUCAAUCGACGAGUCGCAGGGCCUUCUACUGGUGAACGGCCAUGGUGGUAGCUUGGGUGAAGAGGCUCAAAAGUUUGUGGCACAACGCAACUACCAGUGUCACAAGUGCAAGAAGGCCAACCGAAGGGUCGAGCCUCAGCCAGUCGUCAAGCAGGAGGCAUCUCCGCCGCCUGUCGAGGUGCCCAGGUCACCUCCUCCAGCCAUCCAGGCAGCUGCGAGUCCUCAAAAUCUGAUGAGCGUCAGAAACAUUGCACCGCAACCGUGGGACCAUCCUCCCCGCCAAUCCUCGUUGGACGCUCCGGCAACGCAACCUCCGCCGAUGUCUGGAUCGAACCACGGACCUGCUUUUGGGCCGCCUCCAGGACCACUUUCUGUACAAGCCCCAGCCCCCAUUGCACCCCCCAUCGCGCCUCCCAUUGUCCAGGCGCCGCAACCACAGCAACAGCCGCCGCAGCUGGCUCAACCCAUCGCAGCCCCGUCUAUGCAGGCUGGCUUGCCACCGCGAGGUCCUCCUUCUCACCAAUACCCACCACCCCAAACACCGCCCUAUGGUGAAUGGCGUCGACCAUCAUCACAGCAUGGCUCUCACCCUCCUCCACCGCCGCCGCCCCAGUCUCACCACAUGAACGGAGCACAUCCGCAAAUCCCACCCAGCAGUAUGCCGCCGCUAGCCCCACCUAAUCAUCUGCGUCCGCCGCCACUGUCGAGCAUCCCACCGCCCCCACCUCCUCUGCAGAACGGCCAUGGGCUUGGUCACCACUAUGGUCCUCCGCCGACAGCCAACGGCAGGCCGCCAUCUCCGAGAGGCAUUGGCGCACCACCACCUCUGCCGAAUGGAGGCCCUUAUCUGCCUCAGCACCACCAGCCCCAUUCGGUCCAUCAUCAGCCUCCUCCGCCUCCUCAUCACCUUACGAAUGGCGGGCCUCCGCCGCGUGCAGCAGAACAUCCCUUCUCACAUGGUCUCCAUCCUCAGAGAUCUCCAUUCUCAACGCCACAUGGCAGCCCUCCCAUGACGAGGGACAGCGUCAUGCGGUGCUUCCGCAAGCCCGUCUUUGCGAAACCUGCUGCAUUAGGCGUCGAGCGAGUCGAUCGAAUCACACCGAGAUGA